GCCAUGUGGACUUCACCAUAGAAGUGGAGAGGUCUCUGAGGGUGCUGGAUGGAGCCAUCCUGGUUCUCUGUGCCGUGGGAGGUGUGCAGUGCCAGACCAUCACUGUCAACAGGCAGAUGAAGCGUUACAACGUCCCCUUCCUCACCUUCAUCAACAAACUGGACAGGAUGGGCUCCAACCCGGCCAGAGCAGUGCAGCAGCUCAGAUCCAAGUUGAAACACAAUGCAGCUUUUGUUCAGAUUCCAAUUGGGCUGGAAGGAAACUUUAAGGGAAUUAUAGAUCUCAUUGAAGAAAAAGCAAUCUAUUUUGAUGGGGCACUUGGCCGACGCUGACGAGCUCCUGGGGGAGCUGUUCCUGGAGGAGAAGAUUCCCACGGCUGCACAGUUAAAGCUGGCAAUCCGGAGGGCAACGCUGCAGAAAUCCUUCACCCCUGUCCUCGUGGGAAGUGCUCUGAAGAACAAAGGGGUGCAGCCACUGCUGGAUGCUGUCCUGGAAUACCUUCCCAACCCUGCUGAGGUGGAGAACUACGCCCUCCUCAACCAGGGGGAUUCUCAGGACCAAACCAAGUUCCUGUUGAACUCUGCUCGUGACGAUUCCCAGCCUUUUAUCGGCCUUGCCUUCAAGCUGGAGGCUGGCAAGUUUGGGCAGUUAACCUACGUCAGGGUGUACCAGGGGAUGCUGAAGAAGUCAGAUUACAUCUACAACACCCGCACGGGCAAGAAGGUCAGGGUGCAGAGACUGGUCCGGAUGCACUCGGACACCAUGGAGGAUGUGAAUGAAGUUUAUGCUGGGGACAUCUGUGCCCUGUUUGGGAUCGACUGUGCCAGCGGGGACACGUUCACGGAUAAAACCAGCACUGCCAUCUCCAUGGAAUCCAUCCAUGUCCCUGAUCCCGUCAUUUCUGUGGCUAUGAAGCCUUCCAACAAGAAUGACCUGGAUAAGUUUUCCAAAGGCCUGGGCCGCUUCACCAGGGAGGAUCCCACCUUCAGGAUCCACUUUGAUGAGGAGAGCAAGGAGACCAUUGUGUCUGGCAUGGGGGAGCUGCACCUGGAGAUCUAUGCCCAGAGGAUGGAGAGGGAAUAUGGCUGUCCUUGCACCAUGGGGAAGCCCAAAGUGUCCUUCAGGGAGAACAUCUGCGCCCCUGUGCCGUUUGAGUUCACCCACAAGAAGCAGUCGGGAGGAGCCGGCCAGUACGGCAAAGUGAUCGGAGUGCUGGAGCCCCUGGAGCCAGAGGACUUCACCAAACUGGAGUUUGAGGACAGAACCAUUGGCACAAAUAUUCCCAAGCAGUUUGUGCCCGCCGUGGAAAAGGGGUUCAGAGAUGCCUGUGAGAAGGGUCUGCUCUCGGGACACCGCAUCUCCGGCGUGCGCUUCGUGCUGGAGGACGGCGCCCACCACAUGGUGGAUUCCAACGAGAUCUCCUUCAUCAGGGCCCAUGGAGAACGCUGCCGUGCGCAUCCUGGAGCCCGUCAUGGCCGUGGAGGUGGUGGCUCCCGUGGAGUUCCAGGGGGCGGUGAUCGCCGGCAUCAACCGGCGCCACGGCGUCAUCACGGGCCAGGACGGCUCCGAGGGCUACUUCACCCUCUAUGCUGAGGUGCCACUGAACGAUAUGUUUGGAUAUGCCACAGAGCUGAGGUCUUGCACAGAGGGAAAAGGGGAAUACACCAUGGAAUACUCCAAAUACCACCCCUGUUCAGCCAGCACCCAGGAGGAAAUCAUCAACAAAUACCUGGAAGCAACGGGGAGACUUCCUGCCAAAAAGGGCAAAGCCAAGAGCUGAUGGGGUUCCUCUGGAGCCCACUGACAGUCUGUCCCAGCCUUUCCAAGCCAUGGAGCAGCCCAGGCUGGCUGGGUAAGGUGGGCUCCUUAAGUGGGAUUUGGACUUGGAAUUUUAGCAUGGAACCUUUCCUCUGGGCUGGUGUCAGCAGCACCAGGGGAUCGCCACGGGAUUGCUCUGUGUAAAUGCUCUUGGAACAAAUAGAUGUUAAAACACGGCUGAUGGUUUGUCUUAAUCAAGAUCUAUUAAAAUAAUUUUAUUUUUUACU